GUGCGUUGAAUACUCAUUUACUUCAUUGUUUUGGUUUGUGCCGUCCCGUUAAGUUAGCUUGCCCUGCUAGGCUGGGUAGAGCUUAAAUUCGCGUCACGACAUGCAGCUCACCGUGAUGCAUGCUAACGCACUAGCUAAUGCUAACAGCUGGUUAGGUGUUUAUUGUUGUUGCUCCGUCCGGGUUUAUUAGUUUGAUAGCUGCCCGUCCGGGCUUUUACAACCGCUCGUUGUCCCGUACAGGUGACGGGCUCUCAAUCGUGUGGCGCGUGACCUCCUCCUAGCUUUUGUUGUUAUUUACACUUCUCGAGAGGAGUUUGCCUCCUAGCUAGCUUAGCGUAUGUAGCAUUAGCAUGUAGCUAGCCUGCUAGCUGACAGCUUGCAGGCUUGAAACUUGGGAGACAAGUUUUUUUUAUUCAGCCUCCACCAGUCGUGUUAAUGAAGAGCUGGUGAAGUGUUUCUAUAUAUCUAUGGUACGGAUAUAGAACAUUUCAGCAACGUUACAUUUAUUCAAAGUUUAACACUAAGGGGGUUAAAUGUGGUCAGUGAGGGCUGGCAGCAGCACAAGUGAAUCAGUGAUGCGGUUGUUAGCUUUAACUCUCGUUUUAUAAAUCUACGUAAAAACUCAUUUCAUUUUUUUAAAAGCUAUUCAUCAACACAUAGCAGACUGUACAUUACCGUGUAUUAGCUGCAUUAGUAAAGUGGAACGGUGAUUAAACAUUACCGCUUCAUAUUCUGUCCACCAGGUUCAUAACAACAGGAAACUCUUAAACCGUUGUAUUAAAUAUGAGCUAACUCGUCACCUUCAGACCUUUUUUUGUUUUUGUUUUAGUGAAACCAAUGAUACCUUUCAAAGACUUCUCUAAAUGCUGUGUUGUGACAACUGUGGAAAGGUUCAGGUCGCUUCUGUACGGGCCCCACGGUGAGGUGUCUUCUCAUGUGCAGCUAAGCCAACCUGACAUCCUAAACCUCUCCGUCUCUGGGAUUCUUUGCAGUCUUUCACACCUACAGUCCAAACUGUCUGUGUGGCUGUUUGUAGAUCCAGCAGAAAGCUAUUGCAACAUCCAUUUCUCACCUAGUCCAUUCUUUGUUGAGCUAAACUGCCCCCUCUUCCUCUUCCUCCUCCUGUGUUUGAAAGACUUCUACCACAGCAUUUUUAAUCUUUUUGGGGAGCUCGUUUUAUGUAGGUGGCAUGAUGGAAAUAUUGAAUAAUUCAUCAACUGUUGUGUCCCAAAAUAUUACUGUGUCUCAAAAAGUUUUUCAUCUCUCGCCACAAGUAAGCAAUACACGUAUCCACUUAUGCUGGGCUUGUGGUCACCCUGAUUGUUUAAAUCACUUCUUAUCAGUUCUGAUUUUGAAGUUGAUAUGCAAUCAAAGGAUUGCGUGCCGGUACCGGUGACUGCGAGAUGAUAUUGUGUGUGUGGCUGUCGGGCAUCUUUUCAAAUGGCUGAAAAAAGGCUCGCCCGCUUGUGCUGCAAGUGUAGGCCGCGCUAUGAGCCACAGCCAAAGGUGGGAGUGAAAAUGUAUGUGUGAAUUAUGACACAAGCACUGCCCUGGCUUCAGAGAUGCACCGAGGCUUAUGUCUUGACAUUUCUGUCCCCGCGUCAUCUCUUUGCUUUUGAGGAGUACACAGUGACUGAUUUUUAAAAUGAGUGUUUACGUGGAUGACGUCAUUCCAUAGUGCCGUAGAUAUUGGAAAGUGGUUUGCUGGCCUCUGUUCUGUGGAUGUACGUGAGUGUAUGUUGGUGGCUCCACCCACUGAGUGGGCUUGCGUAGUGCUAUGACUCAUUCCCCCCCCCCCCCUCCUCCUUGAUGGAAUUCAACACACAAACACACUGGACUGAAUACAUCAUGCAGGCUGAGCUUUGGCACAGAAUUGAAAUGUGCAGACCUGGUUAACGUUACAGCGGUCAGUUUAAUCGUCUGAUUUUACUUGCGGUUGCUGGAUUAUCUGACAUUCCUCUGCUGACAAUAUCACAGUGGAUGUCUAUUUAAACAAACAGGCACUAAUCUGGCUCUUAAAUGUCCAACUGUGGUCUUUUAAACAAAAAAAACAAAGAAGAAGAAAAAAGUAACAAGCAUGUUGCCACCAUCAGCCCCGAAGCCCUGAAAGAGCUGGACCCCAGUUUGUCCUGAAGAGGCUGAAUGCUGGCUGCAGCCCCAGCAAACACCCGACUCUCAGAGCCAGUCAGACAUGUUGUUUUUUGCCCUGGCUGGGGAUUAAGCUAGAAUGCUAAUAAUAAGGGGCUUUAUAGGGACAGGAUGAGCACUGGACAGCUGGACGGGCUCAGGGUCAACGGACAUGAGAUCAUGGACGAGCCCAUGGAGGAGGGAGAGUCUUUCUCACACUGUGAUGAAGAGACAUACGAGGAGAUUCCCAUCACCCACCAUGUGAAAGAGGGCUGCGAGAAAGCCGACCCAUCUCAGUUUGAACUGCUCAAAGUCCUCGGCCAGGGCUCUUUCGGCAAGGUGUUUCUUGUCAGGAAGCUCUUGGGUCCAGAUGCUGGUCAGUUAUAUGCAAUGAAAGUUCUAAAAAAGGCAUCUUUGAAAGUCAGGGACAGAGUUCGCACUAAGAUGGAAAGAGACAUUUUAGUGGAAGUCAAUCAUCCCUUCAUAGUGAAGUUGCACUACGCCUUUCAGACAGAAGGGAAACUGUAUUUAAUACUGGACUUUCUCAGGGGAGGGGAUGUAUUCACUCGCUUAUCCAAAGAGGUUAUGUUUACAGAGGAAGAUGUGAAAUUCUACCUUGCAGAGCUGGCCCUGGCCCUCGACCACCUGCACAGCCUGGGCAUAGUUUACAGAGAUCUCAAGCCAGAGAACAUCUUACUUGAUGAAGCUGGACACAUAAAGUUAACAGACUUUGGCUUGAGUAAAGAGUCAGUAGAUGCUGAUAAGAAGGCGUAUUCCUUCUGUGGUACGGUGGAGUAUAUGGCCCCUGAGGUGGUCAACAGGAGAGGACACACACAGAGUGCCGACUGGUGGUCUCUGGGAGUGCUUAUGUUUGAGAUGCUAACGGGGACGUUACCGUUCCAAGGCAAAGACCGAAAUGAGACCAUGAACAUGAUUCUCAAAGCGAAGUUGGGAAUGCCCCAGUUCCUGAGUUUGGAAGCCCAGAGUUUGCUGAGAAUGCUGUUUAAACGUAACCCUGCUAACAGGCUAGGGGCCGGGCCCGACGGAGUGGAGGAGAUCAAACGCCACGCUUUCUUUUCCACCAUCGACUGGAAUACACUGUACAGGAGAGAGCUCCAGCCCCCGUUCAAGCCUGCGGCAGGUAAACCAGAUGACACGUUCUGCUUCGACCCAGAGUUCACCGCUAAAACGCCUAAAGACUCCCCAGGUAUCCCUCCCAGUGCUAACGCCCACCAGCUCUUCAAAGGCUUCAGUUUUGUUGCUCCAAACCCGAUGGAUGAGAACAAGAGCUCCCCACUGCUCAGCAUACUCCCUAUAGUUCAGAUGCACGGGGGCUCGACCAAGUUCUCCGAUCUUUACGAGCUGCAGGAGGACAUAGGGGUCGGCUCCUACUCCAUCUGUAAACGCUGUGUACACCGAGUCUCUGCCAUGGACUAUGCUGUGAAGAUUAUAGACAAAAGUAAGAGGGACCCCUCUGAAGAGAUCGAGAUCCUGAUGCGAUACGGACAGCAUCCCAACAUCAUCACUCUGAAGGACGUGUAUGACGAGGGCAGGUAUGUCUACCUGGUGACGGAGCUGAUGAAGGGAGGGGAGCUGCUGGACAAGAUCCUCAGGCAGAAGUUUUUCUCUGAGAGAGAGGCCAGUGCUGUGCUCUACACCAUCACCAAGACUGUUGACUACCUCCACUGCCAAGGGGUGGUGCACCGAGACCUGAAGCCCAGUAACAUCCUGUACAUGGAUGACUCGGGAAACCCCGACUCCAUCCGGAUCUGUGACUUUGGAUUCGCCAAGCAGCUUCGGGGGGGCAACGGCUUGCUCCUCACCCCCUGUUACACCGCCAACUUUGUGGCGCCAGAGGUACUAAUGCGGCAAGGUUAUGAUGCAGCCUGUGAUAUAUGGAGCCUUGGAGUUCUACUGUACACCAUGCUGGCAGGGUACACGCCGUUUGCUAACGGGCCCAACGACACGCCGGAGGAGAUUCUCCUCCGGAUAGGAUCCGGAAAGUUCUCUUUGACCGGUGGCAACUGGGAUACGGUGUCGGACACCUCAAAGGACCUGCUGUCCCAUAUGCUCCAUGUGGACCCUCAUCAGCGAUACAGAGCAGAGCAGGUCCUGAAGCAUUCCUGGAUCACCUGCAGAGACACGCUUCCACAUUUCCAGCUCACACGCCAUGACGCACCGCAUCUCGUCAAGGGAGCCAUGGCUGCAACCUAUUCAGCACUGAGCCAGAAGACGAGUCAGCCGGUGUUGGAGCCCGUGGCGGCGUCCAGUCUAGCCCAGAGACGCAGCAUGAAGAAACUCACCUCAACUGACAUGUAGACACACACACACACACACACACACACACACACACCGCUCGCCCUCCAGUUUUGACCUCACUCUCAGUCGGACUGUCAUACGCAAACAAACACAGACCGAAGUCCUGGCCAGUCAGACCUACUGUCUCCCUUUUUUUUUAAAUCUAUUUAUUUGGCGCACCCGACAUGUGCACACUCACACUGGACGAGGUUGCAUAGUGAAGAAGUCAGCUGAGGAGGAAGAGGGGAGACUCGCAUAUCUGUUACUGCUGGGGAGACAGACUUGUAUUUAUUUCCACAGCUUUCAUAUGCACUUGCCCUCCUCGCCUUUCAUUCUCCCUUCCUCGCGUGGGGAAGAAACACACCAGCUGAUGUGCUCCUUCACUGUGAUUGGCUGAUUCCGAGCUGCUUUUGGUAAACUGUGCCCCAUACUCCCUCACUCUGCUCUUCAUCUGCGCUCCGCUGUCCUCCUCGGUUCUGUCUCCUUCCCUUGUCAUCUGUCACUGUCUUAAAGUUCUUUCCUUCAAAGUGCAGUUAAUGGUUUGUGUGUGAGAGUGCUGGCAGGACGAUAUUGACUGAGGGACAUCAGAAGACUGUUUCCUCUCCUAAAAAUUAUGACAAAAAUAUGAUUCUGCUUGUGGCGGAUUAGAAAGUCUCCUCGGGAUCAAAAUCAUCCGCCAGCACUUUUGUUCCAUGAAUGCAUGUGUGGACGGAACGCGUGUUUCUUUUCCCUUCAAAGUUCGCCAUCUGACUCCUGUUACUGUGUGAUGCUCGCAGCGUAUCGAAAGAGAAGAAAAGCUGCAGAUGUUAACGUCUAGAGUUUGAAGGUGGAACAAUGUAACAAUAACAGAAAUUCUAGUUUGCAAAAAAAAUAUAUAUAUAAAUAUAUAUGAGGAGCAUGUGGGGGAGCUGUAGGGAUUUCUCUGAGGGGGACGGGAUGCACCCCGUCGAACCACAGAGGCUGAAUUAAAAAGAAAACAAAAAAGAUUCCAUGGAUAUCUCUUCAAAAAGACAUUGUGGAAAUUGUAUGAUAUUGUAUUUAUUUCAUUUGAUUUUUAAGAUUCUAUUUUUCUUUCAAGUUCUGUAUAUAUUGACAUUAAAGAUCAUUAUUGACAUGCA